GAUGGAUACUAAACAUUCCAUCACAAACAUUAUGUAAACCCUUCUCUCUCACAUAUCUCUCUCUCUUUCUUUUUCCGUUCUCUCUCUCCUCUCUCCUGUGUCUCCAGAAGGACAAAAUCCUAAAGAAGUGUUUACCCACCACAAAUUGAUAGGAUGGAUGAUGGGGGAUUGAAUUUGCGUAACUGGAAUAUGUAUGGACAGCAUUACAAUAAACCGGGAAAUCUUAAUUUGCACCUGUUUCCGUCACUUGAAAGGCAUGUUCAGAACCCUUUUCUCGGGCGCGAAAGUUCUGUUUUGCUGAACCAUAAUGGGGGUGCAUUUCACCCUUCGCUUUCUAAAUCUACUGCUCACAUGGAUCCCGGGGUUAAUAAUUGGGCACAUCCCAGGGAUAGAUAUGUGCAGAUGAUAUCUGCAAAUUCUGGUUUAGCGGCAUUUCAUGAGCAUCCCGGUGCUCACUCGAUGAAUAUGUUGCAGCAACAGGAGCACUCUGAAUCUCCUAAGGAUGCAAGGGUAUGCUUGGAAGAUAUGCAUGUGAAGCAAGAAGGUGGUUCCCCGGUGAAAAAGAAGAAAAGGACAGAUGUGAACAUGGAACCUGUGAGCGACAGUUGGGUGCAUAGGGAUAGAUUUGUUCAGCAAAUGGUUUCAGCGAAUCCUAGUUUUGCAGGAUUUCAUGAGCACCCCCCUGCUCACUCAAUGCAUAUGUUGCAGCACCAGCAGCAGUCGGAAUCCCCCAAAAUUGGCAUGGAAGAUGUAGAUGUGAAGAAAGAAAUAGGUGAACCUGUGAAGAAAAGGCAAAGUGCUGCUGCUUCUAAACCAAGGAAGCCAAGAAAAAGCCCUAGUAUUCCAAAGGAAAAUGGCAGUUCCACUGGACAUCGUGUGAAGCCUGCAAAGAAGAGUAUGAAUGUGGUCAUAAAUGGCAUGGACCUGGACUUUUCUAGUAUUCCUAUACCAGUUUGCACGUGUACUGGUACUCCUCAACAAUGCUAUCGAUGGGGCUGUGGUGGCUGGCAAUCUGCUUGUUGCACCACAACAAUAUCUAUGUAUCCUUUGCCAAUGAGCACGAAAAGACGGGGAGCUAGAAUUGCCGGCCGGAAGAUGAGUCAGGGUGCCUUCAAGAAGGUGCUGGAGAAACUGGCCGCUGAUAAUUACAGUUUUGCUAAUGCAAUCGAUCUGAGGUAUCACUGGGCAAGGCAUGGUACCAACAAGUUUGUUACCAUCAGGUAGAUUAUCAGUGUCAAUGGUAUUGGACUGUCAUCACACAUCUGGUCCUGCCAAGUUAGAAGGUCGUAGUUUAUCCCUAAACUUCAGAUGUCUUAUUUAAUUGAGAAUCUUUCUUUACUUUAAGUUUAUGUCAAAAAGGCAAUUUCUUGCCAAAGGAUCGUAGGAUUGUUGUUCAGUUUCUUUAUUACUUUUCUAAAUUUGUCUUAUUUUUCCAAGUAGUUAAUAUGGAACAAAUUUUUGAAUGCCUGAAGAAUUACUUCAGAGUGAACGGAUAAUAUAUGCUCUGGUUUACAGAACAUUUGCUUGUGUUUUA